GAUGUCAAGUUUAGGGAUGGGGAGCUAGCUUCUUGUGACAAUGGAGAGAGAAGAGAACAAUCAUUUUAAAAAUUAAGCUUGAUCAUAUUUAUUUUUUUAAAUCUAUUAUUGUGGCAUUAUCACUCAGCACUGGUGCAAUACCUAGUACAUAGACACCAAAUUUAAAUCAGUUACUAAAAUAAAAAAUGCUAUUAAGUUGUUUGGUUAAAAAAAAGCCCUGCCUUAUGGGAACAUCCAUAAAUGAUCCCAGUCCUAGAGUAGAGGAGGGGUUCAGACAAAUGCGAUGUAUAGAAGUUGGGGGAGUAGUGUGUGACAAUGGUGGGUUGAAUGUAAAUUACUCUAAUUGCUAAUUUUUCUAUGUCUAUUCAUUUUUAAAUGAGCCAACCUUCUUGCUCCGAUUAACAUAUUUGAUUUCAUGAUUGAGUAAAGAAAAAUAAAUGGCAUCAGCCAUUAAUACAAAAAAGAGAGGAAAAAUUGUAAAAAGAAAAAAUCCCGUUGAUUCUUCUGAAUCUGAUGAGGAUGCUAAUCCUGUUGUGGUUACAAGACAUUCAUCUCGCAUUUUAGAUAAACAGCACAAAAAAAAGUUUACUCUACCAUCACGCGACGCAGUAUGGGACACCAUCCCAUCUGUAAAAAGUCCCCCGUCUCUUAAGGUUCUUAAACCUAGAAAAGCCAUUAACAAUUUUACUAAAGUAUACAAUGCUUAUAAUUAUGAUGAUUAUGAAGACACUAGUGAAUCUUCUUUCAUAGAAGAAAGUUCAGCAUCAGAUGAUCAAGAAUGUCAAACUCAGAAAGUAUCCAGAGUGAAAAACUACCACAAAAGAGUAAAAGCUCCAGAAACCUCAAGUGAUGAUGAAACAUUAAGCCCCUCAGCAUGUAAACAAAGCACACCCCCAACAGAUAAAGAAAAACCUCCCGAAUCACCCCCAUUAAGUAGUUCAGUUGGUGAAGAAAAGACAGAAAAUCUAGACGAGCUGUUUACUAAAGAUACCAGCAGUGGUGAAGAUAGUGAAUGUGAUCUGUCUCCAACAAAGAAGAGAUCUGAAGCAAGAAGAACUGUAGAAUUAGAAAGUGAUGAAGAUGUUGACUGUGUUGGAAUUGAAACCAAAGAGGGUGAAAAUACCAGUGGAAGUGUUUCGUCAGAUGCUGUGGACACAUCAGAUGAUGAUCAGAAACAUAACAGAGCUGCUCGGUUGAAGCAGAAACAAAUAGAUUUAUUUAAACAAUUAAAAGAAGCUCAAGAAAGGCGUAAAAGUAAUUCAAAAUAGUUAUACCUUUUUGGUAUGAUUAGUGAGGAGGUUGGGGGUGGGGGAGCAGAUCCAAAUGCAUACAAAUCAAAGCCACAAAAGUUUAAGAGUAAAACUAGUUUCAGCGUGUAGAUGAAAAUCCCAACUUUAAAGUCUAAAUAUUAAAUCUUGUUAACUGUUAUUUGUGUUAAUUAGUUAUAACAAUGUAAAUGAGUUGAUAACAUUCUUGAUGUAGCGAAAAACAUCUUUAACAAAAUCUGUUAUGGUGUAAGUUAAAUGCUGUGAAUUAAUCUUUGAAAUUGUGCACAACCAGGAAGUAACUGGUCUAUAAUUUGUUACUUGUAACAAUUUAUUACAAUAUUCUGUAAAUAUUUGUAAAUAAAACAACAUAUUUUUUAGAAUCAUUUAUUGCAUUUAUCUGAAUUUGUAUUUUUAUAAGGAAUUUUUUUAAAAAUGUAUACAUUUUUAUGAAAUUAAUUACAUGCAAAAUCUUAUUUGAACAAAGUGAAUCUUCCUGGUGCUGAAGAGGUUUACAGACUUAAAGGGGUAGUGGGAAGAAAGAAGUGAUGACUAACCCUUCUUGUCCAAUGUACCACUUUAAAUUAUAUCACCUUCCAUAUUAGGUACUACAGCAUAUUAUACUUAGGAUACUGAACAGUAUACAACUAGAAUAUUUUAUAG